AUGAAGCUCAGUUUUGCUUUUGUUGCCCUCUCCUUCGCCCAAGACGACUCCAGUUUCUACACAUCUACUGUUGCAGCGACUGAACGACCAGAUCGGCCACAGUGGUAUCCUUAUGAAAGCGAAGCAGAAAAACAAGCAGCCGAAGCCGCCGCCCAAGCCGCUGAUAUCGCCCGACGAGCCGACGAAGCUGCCCGCCACGCCGCCGAGAUGCAAGCUCACCAGGAGGCUAUGGCCGCUCACGACGCUCGAAUGGCCUACGAACAAGAACAACGAGAAGCUGCUGCCGUAGCUGCCGCUGAAGCCCUUGCCGAAGAGAUCGCAUACAACAUGACGCGACAAGAAGAAGCUGAUGAAGCGCAGCGAGCGGCAGAAGCUGAGCAACGAGCUGCCGAAGCUGCCGAACGAGCUGCUGAACGAGCUUCUCAUCGAGCCUGGCAACGAGAGCACGAGGCUGCUAUGAGUGAGCAUGAGUCCAGAAUGGCUGCCGCUCAAGCUGAUGCUGCUGCUGAUUCAUCUGCUUCAGACUCUUCAUCCUCCACUACCGACGAAUACUAA